AUUGUAUGUUUUAAACAAAAUUGUACACUGAAUAGUCGUAUUAAAAUAUAACGAAAAUGUCAGUUUUAUUAAUAAACAUUUUUCUAUGUUCAGGAUUGUCAAAACUUUUAAACAAACAACUCGAAAUGAAUUCGCUAUAUCUAGUAAUUCUAAUACUUAUUUUUUCGAUUGUUUUAUAUCUUUCACUGCACCAAAUACCAAAUUUUUAUUUGAUAAAAGUGAAAUGCAUUACAAUAUUUUCUGAAUAAACAAUUGUUUGUGUGAAUGGAACAAAGUGUACUUCUGCGCAUAUUUGAUUCACGCUACAUCUCGAACAUAUAAAGUCUAAAUUAUUUUUCAUGAAGCAAUUGAAAUUUCUUUUGAAUUAAUAUUAUCUUUACUUAUAUGGAAAAAUAUUGUUCUGUAUAACAAAUGAAUUUUAUGUAAAGGUUUAGCCAAUAAAUAAUAAUAAAUGUGAAAUGAAAAUGUUCAAACAUAACCUUUAUUUCAACCGCAGAGUGUAGAGAAUGUUGUGCAGAUGUCAAGUAUUAAAACAGUUCUGGAUUCAAAUAUAAAUAUAAAUGGGAAAGAAAAAGAAUAGUUUGUUUUUUAAAGAACCGACAUCUCGUAAUAUUUGGCAAUGGCUAAUUAUGAAACACACGAUGCUGUUCAAGAAAAUGAUUUUCCUGGUUGCAAUACGUCAUCGAAUGUCAUGGAAAAGUUGCAUGACAUUUGCAAUUGGGCUGAAAUCGAAAAUGUAGCGAUAGAAUAUCACGACUUAGACAAUACCAUCUGCAUAACUUAUAAAGAACUUCUUGCUACAAAAAUCAUGCUCUCUGAUUUUUUACAGUGCAUAAAGGGUUUCGAAUUUGUCGGUAUAAAUUUUGAUGUUCCUGAAUAUUGUGUGGUUUCUCUAAUACUUGGGAUUUUAAGUAGCAAACACAGCUUUGUAAAUGUACCGUUCAAUGCGACAGAAUUCAUAAAGUUAAAAAAAACAUUGCGGUUACGCUAUUUGUUUUGCAAAGAUAUAAUUGAAGGAGAUAUUUUAAGAGAAUUUACAAUUCAAAAUAAAUGCAUUUACUUGAUAAAAUUGAGAAACCAAAACCAAGAUAAGUUGCACAACAAUGGAAGCCAUUAUGCAUAUGCUAUUACUACUUCUGGUUCAACUGGUGAACCCAAAGUUGUUAAAGUACUUCAUGCCUCCAUAAUUCCUAAUAUUCUAGACUUAAGCACAAGGUUGAGCAUUCGGAAGUACGAUAAAAUUGCUCAAUUGACAAGUUUCACGUUUGAUCCGAGCAUAGUUGAAAUUUUUCUGGCUCUGUCGUCAGCUGCAACAUUGUUUAUGAUCUCGAAGGCACUGAAAAAUAAUACUAAUAGGCUCUUGGAGGAAGUUCAUUCUAACAAUAUUUCGAUACUGCAAAUGACCCCUUCACUCUUUUUAAACAACUGGACAACUGAAAGAUUAAAAGCCACUAUUCUUAGUGAUAACUCGUCCCUUAGAAUUCUUCUUUUAGGUGGAGAACCUUUCCCGAAAUUAGACUUACUUCUUGAAGCGAUACAUCCUUGUAACAAUACAAGAAUCUAUAAUAUUUAUGGCAUCACUGAGUUGUCUUGUUGGGCCAGUAUUAAUGAAGUUACAAUUAAGAAUAGACAAACUGAUGUACAGUGCUUAGGUGAAGCAUUGUCACACAUUAUAUUCCAAGUUAGAAAUGAAGUAGGAGAAGUGAUAACAAAUGGUACAGGCUUCCUUUAUAUAGGCAGUAAUAGCAGGAUUUGUGUAAUAGAUGACGAAAAGAUUGAAGAGUUGAAACUACCGGUAUUUCGUGAGAGUGGUGAUAUUGUCUCUAUCGAUGAAGAUGGUAAAAUAUUUUAUAAAGGAAGAAACAAUAGCAUCGUUAAACGAUUUGGAAAUAAGAUCAAUUUGGCAGACCUUGAAAAAUUUGCAUUGCAAGUCAGUUUUGUUAAAAAUUGUCACGCAAUAUGGGAUGAGAGCUAUCACAAGUUAUAUUUAUGUGUAUCCACCAAGGAAAAAAUAACGAAUUGUGACAAUAUGAAUAGAGUUAUGAUGGAACACUUACAAAAGUUAUCUUCCUUGUAUAGACCAGACAAAAUAUUCUUUUUAGAUCAAUUUGAAUUUACUGUAAGUGGAAAAGUCUCCAUAAAUUUUUUAAAAAGGUACAUAGAGGAACAGGCGAUAAAUACAACUGUAAAUAGUAUCAGCAUCCAAAAUGCCGAAGACAUUUUUAAGUCUAUUUGGGAGAAUAAUUUAAAGUAUGAGAACAGUGGAUUUAUAAAAUUAGGUGGCACGUCCAUAAUGGCGUUGCAAAUAUCGAAUGCUAUAUCCAAAGAAGUAAACAGAGAAUUUCCUGAAUUAAUUGGCAUGCUUUUAAACGAUGCUAGCAUCGUUGAAUGCAUCAAUUAUAUAAAGGGCAUUCUAUCGAUCAAUCCCAGUAAUUCGGUAAACUAUUCAAUUCGAUACAUGUCUGAUAGCAACCAGAUAAUAUCUAUAAUUCAUACUACAGUGCAAGAUGAAGCAUCAUCACAUCAAGAUACAAAAAAUCGUGAUUCUAAAUCAAUGAUUAUGGAAAAUCAAAUUUGUUCAUAUCAGUGGCAUAAAUGCAGAGGACAACUAAAUUCGUACACUACAACUGAGAAUGAAAGAUCUAAAACACUAUACAAUGCAGUGACGAGAAUUGAGAUAUUAAAAACGUGUGAUUUACGCAAAUGCAUAGAUGCAUCGACAACUAUCUUUCAUUACUCGAAUGGAAAAAACUAUGCAACAGUUGGUUCACAUUCCGGAUUGAUAGCUACUAUUUUAUUAGAAGUGAAAAAUUCUUUUCCUACAUUCGUGGUACAAUUACCUAACAGAAUCGAAGCAUCGGUUUUAAUCCUAGAUAAUUUCAGGGGUAUAGUGGGUAAGUUCUUUAUUCUAAUUGUUCAUUUCUUGCCUAGAUUAUUAAUUCCUUGUUCUCCAGGAUGUCAUGACGGCAACAUAUACUGUUUAGACUUGAAAACAGGAGACGUUUUUUGGAAAUACCAAACGGGAGAUGUCGUCAAAUGUUCAGCAAUAUUUUGCGAAGAACGAAAAAACAUAUUUGUUGGUUCUUACGACUGUUUUAUAUACUGUCUCUCUGCAAAGGAUGGAUCUGAAAUUUGGAAAUGCAAUACUGGAAAUGGGAGUAUCAGUGCUUCUGGUUGCUUACACUUACCAUCAAACAGCGUGCUGUUCGGAACUUUAGAUGGUUCUUGUUUGGCACUGGAACAGUCAUCGGGUGAAGUUAUUUGGAAAUAUAAAUUAACAGAUCCUAUCUUUGUUUCACCAGUAACGUUAAACACCGGGCUUGCCUUAUUUUGUUCUGUAACAGGAAUGUUAACAUGUUUUGACAUCAACGUCAAUGCUAAGAUGUGGCAGCACAAAAUAAACGGCAAUGUGUUCUCAUACAUAGUGAAGCACAAUGAUAUGCUCACAGGACACGAAAACAUUAUUCUAGCUAGUCAGAAUAAGAACGUGUACUAUUUGGAGUCACCAAAUAAGUUUAAGACUGAACCUAUUUUGAAAUGUACAUUGCAUCUUGAGUCAUCAGUUUUCGCUACUCCCUGGUGCGAGGAUGACAUUUUGUUUAUGGCGUGUACAGAUGGCACAUUAUAUAUUUAUAACUUUGUGACAAACAGAUUAACAAAAACGGAGAAGCUUCCCGGUGAAGUCUUUUCAUCGCCUGUUGUUGAUAAUGGCAUGGUGGUAGUUGGAUGCCGAGACAAUAAUAUUUAUGUGCUGAAACUCAUACACAACUGAACAUGUCCUGUUUGAUAGGAAUACAAAUCAUUGAAAUUAAUA